AUGUCGGAAACUUGUACUGUUGUUACUCCUACUGGACGUGAAAUCACGGUCCCUACUGGCCUUUUGAUUGACGGUGGUUUCCGUCCUGCACAGGCAAAUGACAAGCUGGACGUAUACAAUCCCGCCACUGGCUCAGUCAUAGCGUCUAUAAGCGGCGGUGAUCAAGCUGACGUCGAUGCUGCUGUCAGGGCGGCCCGCAAUGCAUUCGACAACGCAUGGGGGAAGCAUACGACGCCUGACCAACGUGCUGCUCUGCUUAACAAAUGGGCUGAUCUGAUUGAAGCACACACCGAUGAACUAGCAGAGCUCGAAUCAUUGAACAACGGGAAGCCUGUCUGGAUUUCCAAGUCUAUGGACAUUGCUACAAGCGUGAAAACGUUGCGUUACUAUGCAGGUCUUGCCGAUAAACUAAAUGGACGAACUAUCGAACUUGCUGAGGGCAAGCGCCUUGCCUUUACAAGGCUGGUCCCGUAUGGUGUUUGUGGUCAAAUCAUCCCUUGGAACUAUCCGAUCAUGAUGUUUGCUUGGAAGGUUGCUCCUGCUCUGGCUGCUGGCAAUACCAUCGUGAUGAAGCCAGCUGAAAUUACUCCACUCACGGCGCAGAAGCUUGCCGAGCUCUCUAUCGAAGCCGGCUUCCCCUCUGGCGUGGUCAAUGUUGUGAACGGUCUGGGCUCUAAGGUCGGUAAAGCUAUCUCCGAACACAAGGGCAUCAACAAAGUUGCCUUUACCGGCUCUACGGCUACCGGUCGUACAAUUGCUUCGGCUGCUUCUGCCUCGAACCUUAAAAAGGUUUCACUCGAGUUGGGCGGAAAGUCUCCUAUGAUCGUGUUUGAAGAUGCUGACCUUGAGCAAUCUGCCAAGUGGAUCGCAAUGGGCUUCCUUUUCAACAUGGGUCAAAACUGCACUGCCGGCACGCGCGUAUUUAUUCACAAUUCCAUUAAGGACAAGUUCCUCAACUUGCUACUUGACACGAUGAAGCAGCACAAGGUUGGCGAUCCGUUUGACCCAAGUACCUUCCAAGGCCCACAAGUUAGUGAAAGCCAAUAUAAACGUAUAUUAAGCUACAUUCAAUCCGGAAAGGAACAAGGUGCGAAGGUUUUGUACGGUGGUGAACCUUAUAAGAUGGAGGACGAGAAGUUCAAGAAUGGUUACUGGAUUCAGCCUACACUAUUCGGCGACUGCAAAAAGGGAAUGAAAAUUGUCGAUGAGGAGAUCUUCGGCCCCGUGGCUUGCGUCUUCACCUUUGACACAGAAGAAGAGGCCAUCGAAAUGGCGAACGAUACAGACUAUGGAUUAGCUGCUGGUGUCUUUUCGAAAGACUCUGACCGCUGCAUGCGCGUCGUACAUGCUCUUGAAGCUGGUACCGUCUGGUGCAAUAACCAGCAGAUCCUCAACCCUGCUGUGCCAUUCGGUGGUAUGAAGCAAUCUGGUAUCGGUCGUGAGCUUGGUUACGAAGGUAUCCACGAAUAUGUACAGACAAAGGCUAUCAACUGGAAUUAUGGUGAAAAGCUCGAGUGGCCACCCUCAGGUCACUAA